AUGGAUAUCUCUAAGCAAACUACUACUGGAUUGGACCAGUUGAAAGAUGUUUAUUAUCAAUUUGUGUCUGAAAUCGAUUCCAAUGAUCCAACAUUGAAACUGGCGUUGUUUUUCAUCAUGUUCAACCCAACUUUUUGGAACAUAGCAGCCCGUUUAGAAUACAAUACGCAUAUUAUUACGAAGAUUGCGGGUGGUGCUAAGCGGGGAUGCUACUUGUUAGCUGCUACAAUCUUUGGGCUUGGGAUUGUGCGUGACUACUACUUCCACAAGAGUUUAGAAACGCAGGUCACGUCUGAUUUGUUGGACUACAGCCUAGUGAAGUACCUCGGUGCCGCUUUGUUUGGUUCUGGUCAAGUCUUGGUACUCACUUCUAUGUACCAACUGGGCAUUACAGGUACUUACUUAGGUGAUUACUUUGGUAUUUUGAUGGACCACAUCGUGACAGCGUUUCCUUUCAACGUUUGCGCGAACCCUAUGUACCAGGGUUCUACGUUGACCUUCUUAGGUACAUCUCUGUACUACGGAAAACCUGCUGGUGUAUUUGCCACCCUUGUUGUCAACUUGAUGUACACUUUGGCCCUCAAGUUUGAGGAACCUUUUACUGCUAAAAUUUACGCAAAACGUGAUGAAGCCAAGGCUACAAAGUCCACUUAG